AAGAGAAGAAACGACGAAAAUUCCACCUUCCAAGUCUUCAACUUCUCUGCAACCAAUUUCCCCCAACUUUCCUUCCCAUUUCACCCUCUUCAACCCCUCUCUCUCUUCUCCCAAAUGGGUAUCUCAUGGAGCAGCAACAGAAGGAGACACAAUACUUACCCACCGCCACCUCCGCCUUACUACCACUACUCCACAGAACCACCCUCAAUAGCACCACCACCUCCACCUCCACCUCCACUACCGCCACAUAAUUACCUCGUUCCAACCUCUACAGGUGCCGCUACUACGACCACCCCUCCUUAUCCUUUCUCGCAGAACCCUUAUCUAUCGCAUCCGCCGCGACCACCUCCACCUCCAGUGCCCUCAUACUACAAUUCUUGCAAUUAUGGGAAUCACUCGAUUCCUCGCUACAAUCACCACAACUACCACCAACCUUACAAUUUCAAUCAUGCCCCUCCUCAGACUAAUGGAUGGUCCGCAGCUCGAGCUCCUGCUGCCUCCGUGCAAUCGCCGCCGCCCUACGUGGAGCACCAGAACGCGAAGAAGGUUAGGAAUGAUGUCAAUGUCCAUAAAGAUACUUUGCGUGUCGAGAUAGACGAGCAGAAUCCGGAUCAAUACUUGGUUUCUUUUGUUUUUGAUGCUUUGUUUGAUGGGAGUAUUACUAUUUUCUACUUUGCAAAGGAGGAGUCAGAUUGUAAAUUUGUUCCACUAUUUCCUGAAGCUUAUCUGCCAGUAAAAAUUCCCUUUAAGAAAGGACCAGGACAGAGAUUUCGUCAACCUUCAGGAACAGGAAUGGACUUGGGCUUCUUUGAGUUGGAUGAUCUCCGUAAACCUUCAACUGAAGAAGAUAUCUUUCCUCUUGUAGUAUCUGCCAAAACAUGUUCAUCUACACAUUCACCAGAUGAAACUGAAGAUGAAAAUACAUCUGCUCAUAUGCAGAUUACCCAAGCUGUUCUAGAGAAGAAUAAUGAUGGUCUUUUUCAAGCAAAAGUAAUCAGGCAGAUUUUGUGGGUUGAUAGAAUACGCUAUGAGCUACGCGAGAUAUACGGAAUUGCAAGCUCAGCAGCAGAAGAGUUUAAUGAGAGUGACGGGAAGGAAUGUGUAAUUUGCAUGACUGACCCUAAAGAUACUGCGGUGCUACCUUGCCGACAUAUGUGUAUGUGCAGCGAAUGCGCAAAGGCAUUGAGGCUUCAAUCAAAUAAGUGUCCCAUAUGUCGUCAACCCAUCGAGGAACUUAUAGAGAUCAAGAUAAAUAAUACUGGUCAAUGAGGGAUUAUUUUCCCACUACUAUGUAUUAUAGGGUAUGAUUGUCAAAUUCCUUCUCUCUGUUUUUAUUUUUUAAAUUCUCUUUGCUUAUACAUCUAUGCGUGUGAUUGAUGUUGUCAUUUGAACCUUUGAUUAUUUUUCCUGUUGAUAUUUACAUUGAUGAUAAUGUGAGAUCGAUCUCGCAGAGGUAAUAUACUUUUAACAUUUGUAUAUGAAUGGAAAUUUAGCCUCAAUGUCA